AUGGCCGUCGGCUACACGGUACGGACUUCACGCGUAUGGCAUUUGUGCGUGGCGGCGGUCGUGUAGAGACUGUAGAGUGAACACGUUGCAUCAUUUCGCGAUUUUGUCUAACGAGUGAACUUUUCCGUCUAACACACAACACGUGCGGUCGCCAGUUUGUGUGCGCCGUGUCACCGAACUUUGCGAAAAGAUAAUCGUUAAUUCCCGCGGGAGAGAAGAUGGGUCGUUCACGUUCCAGAUCGAAAUCACCGAACAGGCGGCGUCACAAAGGCAAACACUCUCGCAAGCGAUCGAAAUCGCGCGAGAAACAUUCCAACAACAAGUAUUUAGACAAAUCCAAAGAACGCAGUUCCAAAUCUCGAAAGCGGUCACAUUCUGCGUCGUCCAGCAGCGGUACGGAAGUAUCGGAUGAUGUACAUAUUGUUAGUCAUAAGAAACGUUCCUAUCGGGACAGGGAUCGAAAAAUGGACGAAGUAGAGAGACUGGCGGAGAUGGAACGGCAAAGGAAAAAGAAAGAAUUAAUGAACAAAAUCUUCAUCACGAGCUCAGUUGGACGUCAGCGUGAAGUAGAACAAAAGAUGGUUGAAGAGGAAGCGGCCAAGCGUAUAGAGGAACUUGUACAAAAGAGGGUAGAAGAAGAACUUGAAAAACGGAAAGAAGAAAUAGAAGCGGAGGUGCAGAGACGAGUGGAAGAAGCGAAGAGAGCCAUGGAACGCCAAAUGAUGGAGGAGAUGGAGUGGAGACAAGCAAAACUCCGUGAGGAGGAGAAACGAAGAGAGGAAGAAGAACGGAAAAAGCGCGAGGAGCUUGAGAGGAUAAUGGAGGAGAACAACAGAAAAAUAGAAGAGGCUCAGAAGAAAUUAGCGGAAGAAAGAUUAGCAAUGGUUGAAGAGCAACGGUUAAUGGAAGAAGAGAGACAAAAAAUGAGGAAAGAACAUGAGAAGCGCGUUAAAGAGGAGCAAAAGAAGAUCUUAGGCAAGAACAACUCGAGGCCAAAAUUAUCCUUUACGCUAAAAUCGGUGACGUGAGUCUGUGUAUGUUUCGUUCAGUUUUUACAUGUGAUAUAUACGCAACAUCUUGUCAGCCUUUGUACUUGACAAGAUAAAAACAAAGUGCAGUAACAUAGGACCCCAAAGCUCAUUCUAAUAUAGUCAAGGCACUUGUUGAAAUCAGACAAGAUUGAAUUCUUCUAUUUGAUCGAUGUUGAUCGCAUCUGAAUUGAAUAAUCAAUUCUCUUCUUGUUUGGUUUCAACACGAAUGCAAGUGAAACAUCACGUGAGAUCGCACAGAUUUACAUCAGAAUGAGUGAAUAUUAUAAAGUUUACAAUUUUUGUGAUCAAGUUUUAAUCAGGUUUGCGCGCAAAACACUUGAUGUUGUUUGUACGUCACAUUUUAAAUCGCCCUUUCGAGUAUUCGAUUUUUCGCUUCUUCUGAUGUAAAUUAUGUUGCUCCAAUCGAUUUAGAUGUGUUCCAUAAUUUUUUUUUUUUCCAUGAUUACAUACAUGUUGUUUAUAUACAAUUAUAGAUCCUUCUUCAUUAUCUUCUUAAAAAUUAUCAUUUAAAAUUUUAUUUCAGCGAAACAAAUCAAUUGCAAAAACAUAUUGAAUCAUCACGCGUUGUAAUAAUACGUUUAUAUCUUUUCUAAUUGUCAAAUUUGCCGAACGUGAUUUUUACAGAAAAACAUAAAUCAUCAUUAUCCUUUUUUGUUUAAUUGCGUAUCUCUGAAAUCAUGUGUGUAAAUGUUACGAAAUCGUGUAUCAAUGAUAACAAAAAAAAAAGUGCAACAAAUCUCAUUGUUAUUUAAUGACACAGCAUUCACAAGUUUAAAAAAUGCAAUAGAAAAAAAUCAAAAAUUUAUUUUUUGCAAAACAAAAUUUUAUAUA